CAACGGUAUCAGUUUAUCCAUUCAUGAAGAUUAGUCGAUAGGUGACUAUUGCACUUGCAGCGAGGCUUUUCAUUUGUUCUGUCGAUCAUGGCGCCACCCGUCUGUCUGCUGAGGUGCUAAUUCGGUGUACCCCUCAUCUAGAGCUUCCUAUCAUCGUGCGCUUAUGAUCCUACUGUUGCGGCUUCCGCGAUUGAGAACUAAUGCCGAACAUCUCGACAUGGAGCCCAGCCUAGUGUGGAGAUUCGCUCGGAUCCGGCACAAAGCAUACGAUUCUUUUCUUUACAACUGUCACUGUCUCCCAGCAGCUUUGGCAGUCUGACUCUGACAGCAUCUCACUAUGAAUUUGAAGCGGAGACUAGUCUCACUCGACUACCGUAUACGACUAAAGGGCGAUGACAGCCGACAUGAGCAGACUGAUGCUUGGAGCAACCGCGAUCUGAUUCCCUUGCCGCCGGAACGACGAACUUGGGGCUGGUUUAACUUCUUCGGGUUCUGGUCGAUAGCCAGUCUGAAUGUUGCGAAUUGGCAGACUCCAAGCACUUACCUGACGCUGGGCUUGUCCGUUCCACAGGCUAUGCUCAUCAUAAUCGUUAGUAGACUACUCAUUGUCUUGUUCUCAGUCUUGAUCGCAUGGAUCGGCUUGAAGUGGCAUAUCGGAUUUACAGUACAAAAUCGGUAUUCUUGGGGCCUGAGAGGGAGCUUCAUCCCUUUGAUGCAAAGGAUUUUGCUCAAUUUUAUCUGGAACGCUGUGCAAUGUUGGAAUGGAGGACGGCUCAUUGCAGUCUGCUUGACAGCUAUAUGGCCCUCCUUUGCGCGUAUGCCAAACACGUUCGGUCCGAGCAUGCCCACCACGACUGACCAGUUCGUGGGGUUUGUGGUCUUCUGGUUUCUAUCGACUCCAUUCCUGUGGCUCCGUCCUGAGAAGUUCAAGAUCCCGUUCCAGAUUGUGUGUACAUGGUGUGGUGUCGGCAUGCUGGCCUGGAUGAUCUGGGCUCUUGCAGUCGCGAGAGGUGUAGGUCCGUUAUGGAGCGCUGGCCAAGCCAUCCCUGCUGGCUCCCGAUGGAACUCCUCGUGGCUCAUCAUGGCUGGGAUAAAUCAAGGUAUCGGCGGACUGGCGGCUGGCAUAACGAAUGGCUCUGACUUCUCCCGCUAUGCCAGCGCGCGUAGGCACUAUGUCUACAGCACCAUUACAAGCUGUUUCAUCGCUGGUAUAUUAGUCUCUUUUGUAGGUCUCGUCACCGCUUCAGCAGCCCAGAAGAUCUAUGGUGAGGUGUACUGGAAUCCUCCGGAUCUCCUCAUGGUCAUGAUGGACAACGGAAACGGCAGCUCUAAGGCUCGUGCUGGCGUCUUCUUUCUGGCCGCGGGUUUCGCUUUCACGGCGAUGUUCGAGAACAUAUGCGGAAACGCCAUCGCCGGAGGUAUUGAUCUGGCCGGCUUGUUCCCUCGAUACAUCGACAUACGUCGUGGUGCUAUCAUUACGUUCGUUGCCGCAUGGAUCGUACAGCCAUGGCAGCUAAUCAACCGCGCGACCACAUUCAUCGCUGUGCUAUCGUCGUUUUCCGUGUUCUUAGCCCCGAUUAUCGGCAUCAUGGCUACAGACUAUUAUUUGCUGCGAAAGAGGAGGAUCCGGCUUACUCACUUGUAUAAAACCGAUGGCUCCAUCUACUACUUUUGGAAGGGGUUCAACUGGCGAGCAGUACCAGCAUGGGCAUGCGGAUGGGCGCCGACUAUUGGGGGACUGGUAGUUACCGUUCGGGGAGACACGUCAGCACCGAAGGCUUUGGUACAGCUGUACUACAUGGCCUUCCUAGUGGGCUUCUUCAUCAGCGCUGUGGUCUUCUACGGACUCAAUCUUAUCUUUCCGGUACCCGAUAUGGAUCAGAUGGACUCGGUCGACGUGUAUGGGACAUUCACAGCAGCAGAGGCUCGACGAAUUGGAGUUGCUCCACUCGAAGAGGACUCGUCUGCUUUUGGUAUCACGGGUAUAUCUGUGCAACCGGAAAUAUCAGAGAAAGAGGUAAUGGGUGAGAAAAGAGUGUGAUGUAGAGUUGCUGUACAAGAAUCAGCAGUGGUACUUACCAGCUAAGCCCGUGUCUUCCGGUAGAGCGUCAAAGCACUCAACGCACGGGAGCAAUUUUCGAGAAAUGUGCUCUGAAAUACGUUCUCAUCG